AUGCUGUCACAUUCCACCGCUAUUUUACGGAGCCGUUUAGUGAGAACCAUCUAUUGUCCGUAUCUGCAUUUAUCGUCCUCAGUUGCUCCACAAGUUCCUCUAUGGUUCAACGUGGCACCAAAGAGAGCUCAUCCGUACAUGGAGCUAGCACGGUUAGAUAAACCUAUUGGAACAUGGCUAGUCUCUCUUCCUAGCACCUGGAGCAUAGCUUUUGCGGCCAAUCCUGGGUGUUUGCCCGAUUUUGGAAUGCUGGCAUUGUUUGGAGCUGGAGCUCUUCUGAUGCGUGGUGCUGGGUGUACGGUUAACGAUAUCAUUGAUCGCGACAUCGACCUUAAUGUACUCAGAACCAGAGAUCGUCCUGUUGCCAGAGGAUCGGUUUCAGUAUCUAACGCCGCUAAGUUUCUUGCUCUUCAGCUUCUCGGAGCUUUUGUGAUUCUCCUCCAACUAAGUCCACAGACUGUAUUUAUUGGGUCCUGUUGUCUUGGUCCUGUCUUUGCCUACCCUCUGUUUAAGAGGUUU